UACAGUCCCGUUAGACGCAGCCUGCCUCCAAUCUGGAGCUAACGCACUCAGAGCGCACAGCGACAUGCAGAAGUGGCGGAUAAACGCCCUAAUAUUGUAAAAACGGAAUAUAUAAUGAACUUUUACCAGUUGGCGGUGUUACUUGGAACAUUGGUCUGUGUGUGUCAUGGCAUGCAUGUCACAGUGCGAGAGAAGAAGCGGUACGCCACGCUCUUCCAGUCUGUGGUCCUCCCGUGCCAGUAUCAAACAGCCUCCACCAAAAGUCCCGUGGUGCAGUGGUGGUACAGGUCCUACUGUCGAGACCCCACGCGAGAAUCCUUCUCCCUGCCUGAGACUUUGAGCUAUAAAGCUUCGGAGCUGGGCCCCACGGCUCAGGUGGAGUGCUCCGACAGCAGCCGGACGGUCCGGGUCGUGGCCUCUAAGCAGGGACAGUCCUUGACGCUGACCGACCACUACAAAGACAGAGACGUCACCAUCAUAAACGACGCCGACCUUCGCAUCGGGGAGCUGCAGUGGGGCGACAGCGGAGUGUACUUCUGUAAAGUUAUCGUCGCUGAUGACUUGGUGGGAAACGAUGAGGACCACAUGGAGUUACUUGUUCUUGGCAGGACAGGUGAACAGGACGAUCUUCUGCCUGAGUUUAAUGUGGAGAUCAUGCCAGAGUGGGCGUUUGUGGGCUCUGUGGCCCUGGGCAGCGUCCUCUUCCUCUUGUUGCUGGGGAUCUGCUGGUGCCAGUGUUGUCCCCACUCCUGCUGCUGCUACAUCAGCUGCUGCUGCUGCCCCGAUACCUGCUGCUGUCCACGGCACCUGUACGAGGCGGGGAAGAUGGCAAAGACCCGACAGGCGGCUCAGGUUCCUGCUCAGGUUCCAGUUUAUCCUUACUACAUUUCCAGUGUUCCUACUGUGCUUCCUCUUGCUCCCUCAACCCAACUGGACCCAAAGAUCUCAUCAGUCACCUCAACUGAAAAUAACCUGGUUGGAGUGCGCACUGGUUACCGUCUGGCCAGCAGCCAAGACCAGGACCCAAUGAAAAUUCUGUACUACAUAGAGAAGGAUCUGGCUCAGUUUCCAACCAGCAAGAUGGCUGCAUUCAAUUCCAGCAGCAUGUCAGAGCUGAGCUCCCUUCACGACGGAGGGACCACUGAUUUCAGACGUAACUAUCAGACGGUGCAGAUGAAGGCGCUGCCGCCCAUCCCAGACCGUGAGGACCAGGUGAGAGCGGCUCCACCCACACAGAGUCGGAGGCCCAGACAGAACGAUGGAAAUUACUCCGAUGAUGAAUUGGAGCGACGGUGGAAUCCCCGCUCAGAACACCUUCAGAGGAAAACGCUAAGCAGGCGAGGUCGCACCGGUUCUCUGGAUGAGCUGGAGGAGUUUGCCCAAAGCUACAGUACGCGCGCUCGUCGCCCUGAGCCUCCGGACCGCCUCUAUGGGCGGGACUACAGCCCUCCAAGGCGAUUCUACCGAGAUGAAGAAGAUAACUGGGGCCGCCGUAGCCCCUCACCUUUACCACAAAAGAGAAGGGACACAUGGGACAGUGACCGUCCAUCCCGACUCCCCCUUAGCAAAAGUUAUGAUGACGGCUUCCUCACCAGUGUGCUGGAGAGGAAGACGAGAGGACGGGGUAGGGACAGGGGUGCUGGGAGACCGGAUGAGGACAGCGACACCCCCUCUAAAGGCAGCUCCAGAGGAAAAGGCAGCGACAGCUACUAUAGCCGGUCGCCCAGCCACCGUCCAGACGAGGACGACCCUCUACCUCCGUACUCUGAGCCGGCGGCUGAGCGAUACCGCAGGGGGGACCUGACAACAGACAGGUACCGGACAGCAAACCCUCCCCGGCCAGACAGAUACAGGAACACCGAUCCAGCCUCCAGACCUUUCUCCUACACUCCUCCUCACCAGGGAACGUCCCAGACACUACAAGGAGGCAGAGAGGAGCGGGACAGGAGCCGAAACCUGAGCGCUGCACUGAGCAGAGACUCUCUGAUAGUAUGACAGGCGCUUGAGCCUCCUCCUGCACAGAGCAGCUGGACCGUUCGAUUUAUCCGUCCUACAAGCAGCUACACUGUAGACGCUUUCUGUCUCCACCAGAAGCUGCAUGAUGCCUGGCUCACCUUCAAAUAACCUCGCUGGGAAACACCUUUAGAGGAAGGAAAACCUGAGAAUUAUCACAGACUGAGGCAUGAGGUCUCCCCUGCUGGUGCUUAAAGGUUUCUGGAUUAUACUUGUGCAUAAAUUAUACUGUAUUGUGUGUAUUUGUUCAUGCAUAUUGUAUGUAAGGUAUGACUGUUCCGUAAUUUCUGCUGGUGAUUAAAUUUACACAGGUGCCAAGUGUUUUUUUUUUGUUCUUGUUUUUUUAUCUUCCAUAUGCAGCCACUAUUCCUACCUUUGCUUUAGUACUCUGUAACUCAGGUUGACUGUAUUUUUUUUUUAUCUUUAUAUCUUUUUUGUGACUGUUUUGAAGUACUGCACCUUGAAUUUGUUUUGCAGACUGUUAUUGCACUGCUUAGAUACAUGCUAAUAAAGAAAUCCCCCCCGUUGGAUUAAACGA